AUGAUACCAAAAAUUCGAAAAACUAAAACAGAAAGAAGUAAAGUUGUUACUCCACGCCUCUCACAAAAAAGUGUAGUUGUAGUUGCGACAAAAUUACAUAGAAUCAGGAUUCUAUAUCGACUGCCCAUUCCAAGAGCAUCACCGCCUCAACAACCAUCUGCACCUCGCUGCGACGUAACGUCCAGCGGAAAACGAAAGCGCUCUUGGUCGCGAGCUGUGUUUAGCAAUCUACAGAGGAAGGGGCUCGAGCGACGCUUUCAGAUACAAAAAUAUAUUACAAAACCCGACAGGCGACAACUGGCGGCUACUCUAGGACUUACUGAUGCUCAGGUUAAGGUGUGGUUUCAAAAUAGACGUAUGAAAUGGCGGCACACGAAAGAGGGUCGUGCAGGCCUCGGAGGAGCUAUAGGCGCGAUGAAAGAUCCAGAUUCUUCAAACAUUGCCAACGACGACAACGAAGAUGUGGACGUCGACACACUUAGCGAUUAA